AUGGAUCGCCUCCAGGUUCUCUGGUUCUCCCCAGAUCUACGCUCUCCGGGUGAUUUACUCGUUUUCCAUGGGGGUGUUGGGCACUCAGUUCGUCGUUUUCGUCGUCCCUCUGCCUGAUUCGUGGUCGCCCUUUGUUCGAUGUUGGGAUUCUCUGUUUCAAAACAAGUUUCCCUAGUUUGGUUGUGUAAAUUUUAGAUCUGUAGGUUUAUUUGUAUUGUUUUUAAUGCUUGGAAUUUCAUUUGAGGAAUUCCGUGCCAUCGGAUCGAUGGGUUAAUUUGUGUAAUUUGUAUGGACAUUGAUUAAAAACUCUUGAAUAUCUUGCUUGUAGGCGCCGGAGGAGAACUAUGCCAACCCCAAGACUUGCUUCUUCCACGUCCUCUUCAAGGUUUGGAAACGUUUCUAUCAUGUGCCCGAUUUUAACAUAUUCCUUUUUUGUUUUCCCUCCCCCUAGCUGUUUGAUCUGUCGCUCAUUGGCUGGUUCCUAACGUGCUCAGGCCGCGGCUUUGGCCUUCUACAUCCUCUCAGCGCUGUUUGUCGACAAUUUUGUGAUCAUCUUCGUUCUCACCGUCUUUCUGGCCGCUCUCGACUUCUGGGUCGUCAAGAAUGUCAGCGGGAGGAUACUGGUUGGUUUGAGGUGGUGGAACGAAAUUAACGAUCAAGGGGAGAGCAUCUGGAAGUUUGAGUGCCUUGACCAGGAGGUCUUUUUUUCUUUUGGUCCCCGGGAUCGGCGCGCUUAUUUAGAUCAGUUAUUUCUAUUAAGUGUGUGAUAUCUGAUGAUUUGUAUGCUUAAGUUACCCUUUGUUGUUGCAGUCCCUUUCUCGGAUGAACAAAAAGGAUUCGUGGCUCUUUUGGUGGACGCUUUAUCUCACGGUAUGUGCUAAAUAAAUCGAAUUAUAGGGUGAUUUUGCUGCUACUGCUAUAUUAUAUUUAAAACUUUGAGUAGUUUUUAGGCCAUCAUGGUUUCUUAAGAGAUAAAAAAUUUCCUUGAUAGAUGAAUAAACAUAAGUGGGUGCUCUAUUAAGGGUGAUUGAUUCGGAGUGGAAAUUUUUUUAUACAUUCCUAGCAUCAGAUGAUGAUGCAUAUUUUAUCCCUCCACUUGUAUAUAUGUGUUUCUGCAUAGUUUCAAUUUCCUCUUGUGAGCAUGCCUUCUUAUGGUUUUUGAAUGCAGCCGGCAUGGAUCUGCUGUUUGCAUGUCUGAAUAUUUGAAUGCGUCUUGCAAGAAUUGAGCUAAUUUUCUACAUAUUAUACAUUCUGGGGAAGGCACUUGCCCAAGAAUGAAGAAACAUGGAUCCUUUUAACAUCUUGAAAAUAAACUAAGUUAGAUGCAGCUAUGGUUUAUAAUAUUGACUCUAGUCUUUCCUCGUAUUUCAGGCUGCUGCAUGGAUACUCCUUGCGAUAUUCUCUCUCAUAAGAUUUCAGGCUGAUUAUCUCCUCGUUGUUGGAGUUUGUUUGACUCUAAGCAUUGCAAAUAUCAUUGGCUUUACAAAAUGCCGUAAAGGUAGGGUUCUUUUAUUCAUCUAGACACAUCAAAUAAAUGCGUGUUGUAUUUUGCUAACCAAUAUAGUAUGUGUUCACAAUAUAGUGCGCUCUCUCGUUUCAUCAUAGAGAAAAACUGGUUUUCCUGCUUCAUUGUUUGAUUACUCGGAGCAUGAUUCAUUUUUGUAGCUACUUAACCCCUUCUACCUGAUUUUAUACUUUUCUUAAAAUUUGUUGACGUUUUGAGUGCUGAUGCUUUGACAUUUGUGGAAACGAAGUCUUUAUGUCUAUGUCUUUAGAACUGUACCUCAUGCUAAUACAAAGGCUAUGAAACCCCAAGUAUCUAAAUGAUGCUCUACUUUGAAGAGUAUGUACCCUGAACAGAGUUUCCUCAGAUCAGUUUGAGAGAUCAUGCUGCUUGAUCUAUGGCCAAAGAAAAUAUACCUACAUAAAAGGUCAAGCGGGAUGGAGGCUGCAGAAUGGGGAGGGAGGGGGGGGGGGAGUGAACAUACCAUAUCAGGAGGGGAAUGUAGAACUUGGGUUAUGGAAACUAUUGCUUCAAGAAAAGACCGUGAUCUCUCCAUUUCAAAGGGAUUGUAGCCAGUGCCAACUGGAAAAGAAUGCUGAGAGUGGAAAAUAGAAAUGGAGGGAUAUGUGGACAGUGGCAAGGAUAUUGGAAUCCGCACAGGCUUUCGAAUUAAUAAACAAUAGAAGUGAUAACGGAGCACUUACUGAAAUUGGGAUGUGACCCUUUGCACGGUCCAAUCAUUUGAAUCCUUUUAUGGAGACUGAAUUAUUUCCCUCGGUAGAAUCUCGAAAAGUUUAGGUAAAUUUUGCCAAGGUCAUUUAAGGAGCCUGCAAUAAAAGAGGCUCAGAUGUGGUGGGAAUUUUGUUAAAUUGGAGCUGAACGAAUUUCGUCUUUAAACUAAAAAUAUUCCUUUUGAAAAAUGGCAGAAAAUGCUUCACCUGAGUUUUCCGAAGAUAGAUGCAUCAGUAGGAGCCUUCUGCAAUUUCCUCUCUCUGUAGGCCAUCUCUAGUUGGAGAACAGUGGUUAAGAAGGUAAACUUUAUAUAAUCUAGGUUAAGAAACUACCAUGCUGAUCGAAGACGUCUGGAAGACAGAGAUCUGAAUUUCUCUGAUACCCAUUUUGCUGGUCCAUUUGGUACAUAAUAAUCUCAAAAGAAAAUUAUGAAAAAUAACUGGAGUCAGAAGAGAGCAUUAAGGAAUGCAGCUCUAUGGCUUGAAAUAUUGAUCUUGGUGAGCCCAGGUAGCUAAUUGAGCAAUUUUCUGCGGAAUAUCUCAUUGAAAUCUUUUUUUUUUCCGUUUUCUGAGCACACGGAGUUGAGAAUAAAUAGAUUUCAUGCCAGAACAUUGUUGUAUGUGAUAUUCUCAAUGAGAUCCUACUGUCUUUAGAAAUUCUUCUGUGGUCAGAUAGCUUGAGAGGGGCUCUAGAUCCUACUGUCUUUAGAUUUGCAUGUGUUAGUGAGAUUUCUUGAGCCUUUCUGUUAUUUUCUGCUGGCAAAAGAAUCCCUAGUAAUAAUAAGUUAGGCACAUAUGCUGUUCUUUCUUCUCAUGAUACAGAAGCGGUUUAUGUACUCAAAUCUCUACAUCUUUUCUGAGGCGGGGGAAAAAAAGAAGAAGAAAAAACCCGCCGCCAAAAACCGUAGAACAGUAUUUAUUUAUAUGGGAUGUGAUUAAAAAUGCCCCGCUGAUCAUAGAAGAUCUCCACACAUCGGACUGUUUUCUUCAUAAUCACUGAGCUGAGCUCCUCAGCUCGAUCUGAUCCAACACCAGCAAGUCUUAAUAUUUUUCUAUGAAUAUUAUCACAUUUUCUUGAGGUGCCCACAAUGGAUCUUGGCAGAUUUUUAUUUUUUUUUAGCUUGAGUAUAUAUAUAUAUAUAUAUAUAUAUCUAUAAUUUAUAUCCUUCUGAUCUUGAUGUGCAGAUGCAAAGAAGCAGAUUCAGCAGUUCGCCCAGCAGACAAUCGCCUCGCGUGUUUCCUCAACGAUACAGUCGGCAUUUAGCGUUGUCUGA